AUGUCCAAGUCAAAUUUUGCACAACGAUACGUUGAUCAAGUUCUUCCCGGAGAUGUCGACAAGAUGAAGGAGUUCAAGUUUCAGCCUGGCGUUGACAAAGGACCGAAUGUCGAUAUCAUCCCACCACCCAUGUUCACGCACAUGAGUCUUCCUUUCAACUAUCAAUACUCACAAAACCCAUAUGUACGCGCCACCGAAGAUGGCGGUACGAUAAACACCACUGCUGUUAAGCAAGUGGGUUACUUUAUCGGCGCAGAAGAUCCUGCGCCAACUGAGCCUCAGCUUCACCCCGAUAUGACCGAUCCACGAAUGGUGGAAAUCAUAGCUGAGCUCGAAGAUGCAUUCGCGGAGCGACCUAUCUGGACACGGCGAUCAUUGCUCAACUAUCUUGGGGGCAAGCUUAAGAACUGGAACGAACUCAAGAAAUAUUUGAACUACGCCGCUUAUCAGUUCAAGGGAGGUCCGUGGAGAGAUGGAGUGGUUCAAUAUGGCAUUGAUCCACGAACGGAUCCUAAAUAUCGAAUCUACCAAACCCUCAUGUUCAAGCUUCCAAAGCAGAAGCGUGCACAGCGGGGUCAAACGUGGAAAUCACUGCGCAAGGUCCAGAUGGGGCCCCUGAAAGAAUUCCUGGAAGAGCUUUCCGAGAGCCAUGUCUUUGAUGGCGACACUUUCCAUACAGACGGCAAAGUGUGGCAAGUCUGCGACAUUACCGACCCUCUCCUCAAGGAGCUCUUCGAAAACGCUGCUAUCCGCCCUGAAUGGGAUCCCAGCAGUGGAUGGUACCAUGGCGGUCUCUGGGCCAAAGUCAAGGCGAUCAUGAAGACGAAACUCGUGGCCAUCCAAUUCGACCGACAUCUCACCCGGGAAGACUUUGCAAUGACUCUGGAAACAGGCGACAAGACACCAGUCCGGUCAAACCAAGCAACGUUUCACCUGCCACUUCCAAAUCUACGACUUACAGAUGAAGAGCUGACACAACUCCGGGGACGACAACCAACUAAAAAGAAUAAGCACAAGGGCUAUAGCGUGCGGGUCAGAGACCCCAACGCAGGACCCAAGAAGGCGCCAGCUGAGGAGAUCGCCGGUGUCGCUGAAAAUUUGCAAGAGGAGGAGGCUCGUUUGUUGGGGGAGAUGGGGUCCGGAAACGAGGAUUCUGAUGAAGCCGACGAAGACGAGUCCGGUGACGAUGACGAUGGAGACGGAGAUAUGCCCGAUGGACUGGAUUAUGAUAUCGAUCCAGAAAUGUAUGGAUGA